AUGUUGCUGGAUUUCUUCGAUUGCUUUGCGCCGCAAAGGCUCGAGCCAGUUUAUUUCGAUAUCAGGCUGAACAACGAUAUUGUGUGGCUUCCAGCGACAGAGGGUGGUACUAGCUAUGGCCACAUUCGAGGCAGGGUAGUCUUAUGUAUCACCCAACCCACCAGCGUGAAGGAUAUCAAGUUGCAUCUAGAGGGUCGAUAUUAUGUCAACUGGGACCUAAAGCCUUUUAAUAGUUUGCAUCAUCAUCACAACAAGCUACCCUGGAAGGAGGUCACUUUCUUUCACCUGAUAUCGAAUCUCCUACCUACUCCGAGACGGGAUCCUACCAUGGUAUUGAAACCAGAUAAUUAUGAAUUCCCCUUUGAGGUUUGCGUGCCAAAGGGAACACCAGAAUCUAUCCAAGGUAUUGAUGACUGCUUUAUCCGUUACAUUCUUCGAGCGCAGAUUUACGGCAAUGGCGGUAAUAAUCUCUCUAUAUCGAGGGAGGUACAAAUGCGAAAGGCGUAUACCAUGUCCUUAUUCAGAGAGCUCAGUGAUUAUGGAAACAUCUGGCCAGAGAAGAUCAUCUACAAUGCCAGCAUCUCCAACCCAGCCGUAUCAUUCGGUAGCAGCAUUCGCAUUGACUUCCGCUUUACCCCUCUUGUCAAAGGACUUGAACUGGAAAGAAUUGAAUCACGUCUUGUCGAAACACACCAUGUCACGAAACCCUUACCGGCUACCCGAUCGCGCGAAGUAUUGGUGGACCAAUACAAAGUCCCGGCCUGGGAUGAGUUGGAUGUAUCUCCUGACGACGGGUAUUCGUUCCAUGUUUCUCGGUUACUUAGCCUUCCAAGGUCCACAAUGCAAUGCUUACAAAGCGCUACAACCACAGUGCUUCAAGUCAAACAUAAUGUUGCAGUUGUUAUAAUCCUGUCGAAUCCUGACGGUCACAAAUCCUCUAUCCGUUUCUCUCUUCCGAUAUUUAUCCAUUUCCGCCCGUCGAGUAGGACGGGUUUCUCUAUUCUUUACGAGCCAGAUGCUAGGGAUGCAGAUUGUGGGCAGCUUCCACAUUAUGAUAGCCAUAUCCAUGACAUGAAGCCAGAUGAAUUUGGCUCUGCCGAUGUUCCAACGCCGGGUGAUGUACAGUGGGGCGUUGAUAUGGAAGAGGAUGAAAAGCCGCCAGAGUAUUCGGAUCUGCAUAUCUCAUCUGAGGUUCCUAGUUAUUGGGCUGCUGUUUACCCGCAUAAUUACGUAGAGAGGAUAUAGAAGAGUACUAUUAUUAUCAUUUAAUCAGGUUUUAUUGUUCAUAUCGAGCCCCAAAGCUAUGACAGAC